UUUACCAGAACUCGAAAUCAUUACCUUCACAGGUGAAAUAUCGAUUGAUUCUUUUCAGUCCCAAUCAUUUGAUGCACUUCUCGAGGAGGAUCCAGCCGUAUUGGUUGAAGCUCUGGAGACGAUAGCAGCUGAACAGCCGAUCGUUGCUCGUAGCAUUCCAAAACAUGCAAAAAUCACCAAACGAGAAGAUCGUAGCAUGCGAAAUUGCUUAUUUGAACAAGAGGUCUACGAUUCAAUGUUGAUCGACUCUCUGCGAGUGUGCGACCUGCUCCAAACCCACCUUGACGAAUGUAUCACAUCGGUUCGAGCCAAGAGCCCAGAAAAUUGUCCUUCUUCAACGAUCUCGAGCAGCCCCAGCCUGAAGCGACCAUUGAAAUCAUGCAUACGUGCAGAUCUCUGA